CUGAGUGAUUUGAAAAUCUCCAUAGGUUACUUUAAGUUUGAGUUUAGGGCGUGUAAGUGUGAGCACAGUCAAGGAUCCUGAUACAUACGUGUUCAAUACUUGUUUGUAGUUGGUACAGGACCAGGUUUAGGACAGACAGAGUUGCCUGAAGUUAUUUUCAUGACAGCAUUUUAUAUUAUUACCACACAGAAGAAUAUCUACUUUUAUUCUGUUACUGUUUGGUUGCUAACCUUGGUUAUUAUUAUGAUACAUUGAAUCCCAAGUUAGUAAAGACUAAAGGAGGCUGAUUUUUACCUAGUAAAAAACAUAUGGCAAGUUGGCAACAUUAGAGCAAGAGAACUCACUAAGCUCAGUACAGUACAUGUAUUUUCCACCAGUUGGUCAGUCACAGUCAGUGCCUCUGCAGGUUGCUUUUCUGAGAUUACCAGCUCAGUGGCAUCUACAGUAUAUGCUUGUUCAAGUCCUGUUGCUUUCCUUGCUUUACCAGAGACAUACAAAGUGAGAUUCAAAAGGUUAAUGUUGUCACCUGCAAAAGGUGUUUCCUGCAGCUCAGCUGGCAGAUCAAUGCUUACAGAUCUCACUUUUUUAAAUUCCCUCGGUGUUGGAAGAAAGGCAACAGGACUUUAGCAAGUACAAUAAGUUUAUCAAGAGUUCAAAACUUUAAAUGGUGAUUACAUUUUCAGGAUAACUACAUACCAUAACAAUUUAAGACAUCCAAAAUGAGAAAAGCAGGUAGACAGAAAGACAGUAUUUGGGCAGAAUUUGAGGAAGUUGCAACUCACUCGCAAAACAAGGGAAUUCGUGCGAAGUGUAAAGUUUGUGGUAAAGAACUUCAGGGCUUGGUUCAACGACUACGUGAUCAUAAGAAGAAGUGUAAAGAGCCACAACGAGAUUCAGAUCUUGAAGCAGAAACAAUAGAAGACCCACAACCAGUUACACAAACAUCAGCCACACCAUCUCUGUUAGAAGUGUCAGCCACAGGUGUUGAAAAACACAUUGCACCUACUCGUACUUCCUUCCCUUUCAAGCGUAGCAAUUCAGACAGCUUGGGAAAAGAUACGGAUAGGCCUACCUCAUCUAAUACACAUAAAUUAAAGAAGGCUGUUUCAACUUCAAGUCACAACACAAGUAUUUUGAACUAUGGAGUGAAGACCACUAAAGAUAAGGAAAAAAUAGAUGAAAAAGUAGCUACUAUGGUGUAUGCAACAAAUUCUCCUUUUAAGAUUGUUGAGCAUGCAUCCUUUAGAGAUAUGGUGAAUGUAAUGAGGCCAGGAUACAAACUGCCUAGUAGAAGAGAAAUAGGUGGUUCACUGUUAGACGAGGUAUAUGAUAAAGAGUGUGAAAAAAGUGUAGUAGAUUUAGAAGGUAAAACUGUCUGCAUGAGUCUUGAUGGGUGGACAAAUGUUUCCAAUGAACCUGUAAUAUGUGCCUCUGUUACUGUUCACACAUCAGAAAACACAAGCUCAGUCUAUCUUGUGGACACAAUUGACACAUCCGGUCACCCACACACAUCAGAUUACCUUAAAGGGAUUGCUACAAGAUCAAUAGAAACAGCUGAACACAAAUAUAAAUGCAAAGUAGGCAGUUUUGUCACUGAUAAUGCUGCUAAUGUUGCAAAAAUGAGAUCUGAGUUACUUAAAGAUGAUGAGUAUAACUUAAUAAGUUAUGGUUGUUCAGCACACAUACUGAAUUUGCUAGCAAAAGAUUUAGAAAUUGGUAACAUUAAAGAACAUAUUGUGAAGAUUGUUAAAUACUUUCGAACAACCACACAGCCUCAGCAGCAUACAAAGCCGCAGGAGGUUCAACCCUCAUCGUGCCUCAAGACGUACGGUGGAAUACACUGUCUGAUUGCUUAGAAGGUUACCUAAACAACUGGCCAAUAUUAGUAUCUGUGUGUGAUGGUGAAAAAAGAAACCAACUGGAUCCAGUUAUUAUAAGGAAGGUGAUGGACACAUACAUAAAAAGAUCUGCAGAAGAUAUGCUGAAAAUUCUGAAGCUCAUUGCCAUAGCACUUGAUAAAGUUCAGAGGGACAGAUGUGACAUAGGAGAAGCUACUGAGGUGUGGAAAGAUUUACAGAAUAAGCUUGCAGAGGAAUCAGUUCGGUCAGGUGAUAGUGCUGUCAUUGAAGAUCAUUUCAUGAAACGAAUGAAACUAGCCCUCACCCCUGUUCACUAUUUAGCAAAUAUACUACAUCCAGCUUACAAGGGAAAAAAACUAACUAUGGAGGAGGAAAACAUGGGAAUGAAUUGGAUCAAUGAAAAUUGCCCUUCAGCACUCUCUCUUAUAAUGAUAUAUAAGGCAGAACUUCCUCCAUUUCAGCCAUACAUGUUUUCUGCUCAUUCACUUAAUGCUGGACCACUUGCAUGGUGGCUUUCUUUGGGCAAGAUUGUUGAAGACAAAAAUUAUUUUUCUGAUUUGGUUAGGAAAUUAUUUACAACAACAGCCUCAAGUUCUGGGGUGGAGAGGAUUUUUUCUUCAUUUGGUCUUGUUCAUUCUAAGCUUAGAAAUAGGUUAGGGAUAGAGAAAGCUGCAAAACUCGUUUUCAUUUACAAAAACCAUAACUAGGGUCAUCACAGAAAGCCUCUGAGUGAAUAAACUUAAUGUAGAAUUACUUUAAUUUUUUUUCGUUAUUUUAUUUUAUUUUAUUUAUUUUUUAUUUAAUUUAUUUAUUUAUUUACUGGUAUAUACCAUGAAGGGAAUAAAUGAAUAAUUGCACAUGAAUAGGUUGUUUUACUUUACCAUCCUUGGAGCACAUCAUUUAACUUAUGGAAUACUUUUUAGUAAAAAA